CACAUAGGCAUGCGUUUUACAAGUGGGUCGUUAGGAUCUACCACCCUUACGCUAAUGUCUCUUCGCAACAAUUCAGCAGUCUUCCACACUGGCUCGGUAUCGCUAUCAUACCGAAAUGGAAAAGAACGAGCGUUCAUGAAAUAAAUUACGCCCUCAGGGUUUGUUUGAUUCACAACUGCAAGGAAAUGUUGACAUUCAACGAGAACCAGUCAAGCUCAGGAGAAGUGCACUUUCUUUUGCCAUAUGACACCACAAUUUACAACACGGACAAUGAAUUGAUCAGUGACCAUCUCAAAGUUUCUUUCACAAUGUUUCUACCAUCGUGUUCCAACACUAAGUUCAUUACUUUUAUUUCUGAGCAGCCCUACGAGAACCGAAGCGGUAAUAACUGUGUAAACGAUCGUGACGAAUCCAUUCAGUUCUCGCUCACGGAAAAGUCAUUCGAUCUCAUCAACUUUCAAGUUAAGGACAAGACAUUUUCGGCAAGUAAGACUCUAGUAGCCGCACAUAGUGUUGUCUUCUAUAAGAAAUUAAAGCACGACGAGGCGAAGAGGAAUUUCACCGUGGAGGAUGUAGAUCCCGAGAUUUUUCAAGAGUUACUGAAUUUUAUGCACGUCGACAAAUAUAGUAUCAAGAAUAUUGAAGACAUUGCCGAAAAACUGUUCGAGGCGGCGAAUAUUUAUGGUGUAAGAGGCUUACAAGCAUUGUGCGCUAAAGUACUGAGCAAGAAUUUGUCGGAUGGAAAUUGUAUGUCGAUGCUUAGCAUUGCCGUUUUGAAUAAGAUCGAAGAUUUAAAAUUUAAAGCCGUAUCUUAUUUUAAAAAGAAUUGUGAAUCCACAGUGGUAAAAGAUGAAUUCAAGUCUUUGCUACGCUCAAAUCCUGAAAACAUGAGUAAAGUUUUGUGCGCCAUUUGUUCGCUAGAUUGUCAUGAAUUAAACAGAAUAGAGAGGACGACCUAUACAUUCCACGAGAAGAAGCCAAAAAACAAUUAAGAAAUUUUGCUGAUAUUUGUAAUCACUUUUAUUAUUGCUUAGAUUGCUUAAAUGUGCAAAACUAUAACCAAUAAAUUGUUAUUUCUUU